UCCGGAUUUCGAGCCGUUUAGCUCAUCAUCAGGUUGAAGGAGUUCUUUUUGAAAAUGAUCAAACCAUCCCUUUUCUGUCAUAUCAGAUGUACUCGUUAACUCGUCAUUAGUAUCUCUCGUUCAGUUAGCAAAUAUGGAUGUUUUAAUAGAUGACAAGGUGACAACAGAACGAGGUAACGGUAUUGUAGACGGGUACCAACUAAAGAAGUGUGUGAAAAAAUAUGGUCUUGUGUGCUUUAGAUGUAUGAAUCGUAUGUGUAAAUUCGCAGUUUUGACUGAUGCGACUGAUAAUACGAUCAUUUCUGUCGUGAAAGAACAUAACCAUGCGCCGUUUGAUGAACGAAAAUUGGAAUGCGCAAAAUUACAAAACGCCUUGAAAAGGAAAGUGGCUGAAGACCAUACGAAACCCAGUAAACUCAUCAGGCGUGAACUACAGGAACAUCGAACUUCUUCCUUAGAAUAUAGUGACAUGCAUCUCACCCACGGCAUUUUUAGAUUUGCUGCGAAGUGGUUUCGUCAACUUUAUACAGUAGACACAUUUAAAAAUAAUUUUUAUGUGCCCAUUGUAUAUGUGUUUCUUUCCUCCAACUCCGCUGAAGAGUAUAGUCGAAUGUGGUCUCGCAUCACAGCUAUUUGUCUUUCAGAGGUGGGCUUUGAGCUGUCAAUUAACACUGCAUUUCUAGAUUUUGAAAUUGCAGCUCACAACGCCAUUAAACUGCGAUUUCCCCAUUGCAUACUCCGCGGUUGCAAUUUUCUCCUAGGCCAGUUGUGGUUUCACAAAAUUCAGAAGGACAAAAGGCUACUGCAACACUAUCGCAAAAACACCGCCGUUGAUGUGAAAAAGGUACUGAAGAAAAACAUACUAUGCACAUCAUGCAACGGUUCGGUGAAAAACCUCAUCACAAAAGGAAAACCCAAGUGUCACCCUUUUAUGGAUACGUUACUGUGUGAUAAAUGUUUCCAAUUUUUUGGCGAUGGAGAAUUUUCCGUUGAUGAAGACGGAAGUGACAAAUAUUGCCGGUGGUGUGGUCAAGGGGGUAUGCUUUACUUAUGUUCCAAAUGCACUGCUGGUUUUUGCAAGAAAUGCAUAAAACGAAAUCUACCAAGAUCUGUGUUAAAGGAGGUGGACGACAACGAUUGGGAGUGCUUCUGCUGCAACGUCAAACCUUUGUAUGAAUUGCGGGGAUAUUGUUGGGCAGCAUUGCAAUACACGAAACAGAUGGAAAAAAAUGGUGAAGGCACAAGUAAAAAGCGCAAGUUGAAGAAUUCUAAGGACGAUGACGACGAAGAUAGUGAUGUUGCGCCUACAAAGAAAUUAAGAGUUAGCGAUAGGACCAAAAAGAACAAGAACUUGAAAAACAAAGAUUUGAGUGACAGUGAGGAGGAAAAAAUGGAGGAAAGUACAAAUUUGAAUGAGAAAUCCAGUGAAAAAAUUAGUAGAAAAGAAAAAAAGAUGUUUAAAAAAGUCUCUGCUAAAUUUGAAGCCGUUCUAAAUGAUGCUUUAACAAUAUCUUCUAAAGUUAAAACUAAGGUUCUAGAGUGUAAGAAGUCCAACAACAGUUUCAAGUUACUCAAGGAUGUCAAGUCUGUUGAUAAAGCAACACAUAGCGUGGUCAAAAUGCUCGAAACGUUGGAAACUGUUUGUUCAGAUAUGAAAAAGGAUUUUCACGACUAUGUGGAAAUGUGGAAAAAAGACCUGGAAGAGUUGAGACAAAUGGAUACCGAACAGGAAGAAGAACAGAGUGUGAAAAACGGUCUGUCUAAAGAUAACGAUUUUAAAGAUGAUACUAANUAA